ACAUUCAACAACCCCGAACACCCUCCCUUACCAUGAAGAUAUAAACCAACUAGUACUAUAUGCACGCGAUGCGUGCCGAUAUUUUCAAAAAUCUGAUUUGAUCUCUCUAAACAGGGUUCUUUUUCCUUCCCCUGUUCUUCUUACGCCAACCUCGUGCACGAGCACGAUGAAAGCCAUGAGCGUAGCGCGGGGUAGGAACAUCCGACGGCUAGUAUUACUCAGAGCUCAUCAUCAUCAUCGUAGAUCGUUAAUUUCAUACAGGAAAUUCAAGGGUCCAAACAUAAGCUACAAUGAGCCAUCCUAUAAAAGAUGGUGCAACCCACAUACAGAAAAGGUACCGAGAGGAUCCUUACCUGUUUAUGUGGGUCCAGCCGAGAAGAGGUUUAUCAUCCCAAUGUCAUUUUUAUCGAUGCCAGAUUUCAUAAGAUUAGUGGAGAAAGUGGCUGAGGAAUUCGGGUUUGAGCAACAGGGUGGGCUGAAGAUACCCUGUGAAGAGGAUGACUUUGAGGAGAUUAUGUUUAAGUGCUUUGAAAUUCAUAAAACCAUAUCCAAAACCAGAAACAGAAUGCGGGCGACACGAGAUAUCAGAUCAACAACGUUGAAGAACACAGGGGGGUUGCUGGCACUGCAAUCGAGGAGGUGGUCAGCACCGGGAGCAGAGAGGUUGGCCAGGAGCAAGAAAGGAUUACGAUCAUGGCACAUUAAUGUUUAAUAAUGUAGUGAUUUUUUUUAGUGUACCAUAAUUGUUGUGAGAGCCAAAAUAUGACAUAGCGCACACAGUUUUCUACCA